GUGCUGCGAUAGUGUUUUUAGUUCAAACCGAUUAUGGAUAAUAAUAAGAGAUCCCACAAAAAAUGUGCUGUACUGGGGUGCACAAACACCAGGCAGCCGAUGUUCAGCUUCCCCUGUCUGUCGAAGGACAGCGAUAGAUGUUUAAAAUGGCUUGAAGCUUGUGGAACGGAAGAUCUAUUCCAACUCCCUCCCGCCCGGUUGAGAAAUCGAGUGGUUUGUGGGGACCACUUCAAAAUUCAUUACCGCGUUGAAUCAAAGCUUACAAAUCAUGCAGUACCAAGCUGCAACUUACCAGCACCUGGGACAUCUAUCGACCAACAGGAGGAACUUGUAAUGGAAAUUGAAGAAGAAGAAGAACAUCAACCUGUGCUCACCGUUGGAUACCAGAACAACGUGGGACCAAUAGACAACGUGGGACCUAUGGGCAACGUGGCUAAAUGGAUGGCUAAAUGGUCACACAUGAAAGAUUUAUAUUUUAUUAAUAGCAUCGAUCAGUUGGAUCAAUUAUGA